CAGCCGUAGCACUAAGGGAAUUUCACAUAGUGAGAAUGAUAUGAGUGCAGAAAAGGGAAAAAAAAAAUCAGAUUACCAAAAUGCGGUUGUGGGAUUUUGAAAGCUUCACAUUUGACUUUUCGCUAAAUGUUGAUUGUUCUUCUCUAAACUCGUGGAGGUACUAAUCCAAACUUAAGAUUACCAAAAUGCCCCCAACCAGAAUAAAUUGACACAAAAUUUAUGAUGCACAAAGCAAGUACGUACAAAACUAUUAUAGUUCACAGCCAAGGGCGUUGUCGUCAGAACAUAAAGGUUCAUCAAAAUCAUGGAAAACGAACUACAGCUUCUUGAAUUUAUUGGAGAAUGACUAUGGACAUCGAGUUGUCAAGUAGAGAGAUUUCUUCUUCGUUUUGGUGAUCAUAUAUAUCAUUUGUGUGUUGUUUCAUUUAAAUUAAAAUUGUAGCUUCUCUGCAACUACAAUAUUGCUUGCAGCCAUGGAUAUCAAGACCAACAGAAGGAUCCUGCUUGUUCUCCUAAUCUGGCUGUUUUUGAAGAUCAAUCUCUCUUUUGGAGCUGAUACCAUCUCUGGAAACCAAUCCCUCUCUGGUGACCAAACCAUUGUCUCUCCAGGUGGAGUCUUUAGACUGGGAUUCUUUACUCCAGGUAAUUCUUCUAAAUACUAUAUAGGCAUGUGGUACGAGAAAAUAAAGACCGAGCAGACCAUAGUUUGGGUGGCAAAUAGAGAGCAGCCAGUUUCAGAUAAAUUUUCUUCAGAGCUGAAGAUCUCAAAUGGUAAUUUAGUUAUUUUGAAUGAGUCUAAACUUUCAGUUUGGUCCACAAAUGUGAGCUCCAGUAGCUCCUCAACUGUAAAAGUAGUACUUGGGGAUAAUGGAAAUCUAGUGUUAACUGAUGGUUCCAAUUCUUCAAAUCCUUUAUGGCAAAGUUUUGAUAAUCCUGCUCAUACAUGGCUUCCUGGUAGUAAAAUUGCGUACAACAAAAAAACCAAAACCCACCAAGUUCUCACCUCAUGGAAGAAUGCCGAUGACCCUUCUCCUGGCCUCUUUACUCUUCAGCUAGACCAAAAAGACAACUCUUAUACCAUACUUUGGAAUAGGUCUAGGAGUUAUUGGACCAGCGGAUCUUGGAACGGACGCAUUUUUAGCUUAGUCCCUGAGAUGAGGAAAGAUUAUAUCUAUGAUUUUAAUUUUGUAUCGAAUGAAAAUGAAAGCUAUUUUACAUAUUCAGUUAAGCCCACUUCUGCAUUCAUAUCUCGGUUUGUGAUGGAUGUUUCUGGGCAGAUUAAGCAACAAAAUUAUCUGCCUAAUAAUGGAUGGAAUUUGUUUUGGUCUCAACCGAGACAACAAUGUGAAGUUUAUGCUUUGUGUGGGCGAUAUGGAAGCUGCAAUGAGAAUUCCUUGCCAUUUUGUAAAUGUUUGAAGGGAUUUAAGCCUGCGUUUCAGAGUGAAUGGGACUUGGGGGAGUAUUCUGGUGGAUGCACAAGAGUAACCAAUCUUGAAUGUGGUAACAACAGCCUUCCUAAUGGGGAGAAAGACAGAUUUCAAGAGAUGCUCAACAUGUUAUUACCUGAAAAUAAACAGUCUUUGCAGGUGGGGAGUUCUGAUGAAUGUGAAUCAAGCUGCCUAGACAACUGCUCUUGCACAGCUUAUGCCUAUGAAAACAAUGAAUGUUCAAUUUGGACAGGAGAUCUCUUAAAUCUGAACCAACUAACAGCAGCAGGUGGCAACAGUGGCAAUCUUUACGUUAGGCUUGCAGCUUCUGAGCUUCCUAAUCCGAAGAAGAAAAAAGGAACGAUUGUUGGUGCUGUGGUGGGCUCAGUUGUAGGACUACUGGUUGUUGUUGGUCUUAUGGUGUUCUUAAUUUUAAGGCGAAGAAAUAGAACAGUUGGAAAAGGAAAACAAGUGGAGGGUUCGUUGGUGGCGUUUGGCUACAGAGACAUGCAAAAUGCAACCAAGAACUUCUCGGAUAAAUUGGGGGGAGGAGGCUUUGGUUCAGUUUUCAAGGGGGUAUUGGCCGACUCAACUGUAGUAGCAGUGAAGAAGCUUGAGAGUGUCAGCCAAGGAGAGAAGCAAUUCCGAACAGAAGUCAGCACAAUCGGAACAAUUCAACAUGUAAAUCUAGUUAGAUUACGUGGGUUCUGCUCUGAGGGUACUAAAAGAUUAUUGGUGUAUGAUUACAUGUCCAAUGGCUCUCUAGAUUCAGUCCUUCUCAGUGGAAGUAAUUCAAAUGUGUUGAGCUGGAAAACAAGGUACCAAAUUGCACUGGGUAUAGCUAGAGGGUUAGUUUAUCUGCACGAGAAAUGCAGGGAAUGCAUCAUACACUGUGACAUCAAGCCAGAAAACAUUCUUUUGGAUGCAGAAUUAUGUCCCAAAAUAGCUGACUUUGGAUUAGCAAAACUCAUUGGAAGGGACUUCAGCAGGGUCCUCACAACCAUGAGAGGAACAAGAGGCUAUCUUGCACCGGAAUGGAUUGCAGGAGUGGCAAUAACAUCCAAAGCCGAUGUUUUCAGCUACGGAAUGAUGCUUUUUGAGUUAGUGUCAGGAAGGAGAAACUCAGACCCUUCUGAGGAUGGAAAAAUAAAAUUCUUCCCAACUUGGGCUGCAAAAGUUAUCAUUGAAGAAGGUGAUGCGCUUAGCCUAUUGGACCCGAGACUGGAGCGGAAUGCAGAUGUAGAAGAGCUUGUAAGAGUUUGUAGAGUCGCUUGUUGGUGCAUCCAAGAUGAUGAAGUUCAUAGACCAUCAAUGAGUCAGGUGGUUCAAAUCCUUGAAGGAGUUAUAGACGUGAAUCUGCCCCCAAUUCCAAGGUCACUUGAAGUUUUUGGUGAUGAUCAGGAGAAUGUAGUUUUCUUUACUGAAUCAUCGUCCACAAGCCAGAGUUCCAGGGUAAGGAGCAACACGUCAACUACUUCUUCCCAGACCAAGAGCAUUACCUCAACUACAUCUUCAAUAAGCUGAAGAACCUAAGCACAAUCAAGCUCAGGACAUCCUGUGCUCUGCUCUUCUUUUUUAUCACCAAAUCUGUACAGUAAUUUUAAAGCGAUGUAAACAAACUUCGCUCAUGAAUUAUACUUUCUUUUGCGUAAACAAUCUUGUGUUGCAUUUGAACACACAUGUCUAGAGCCAAUGUUUUUAUCUAGUCUCCUCCAUAUGAUAGGAUGAAUUAAAUAUGAUCCAAGAUCUUGUAAAAAUGUUUCCCUCUUCCCAUUCUGCAUAGCAAUGGCUCCAAGAGUUAAUAGAGUUUAGUAUGAAUAGUUUUUGCUCAAAUGUUUGUACGAAUAUUAUUUUUAUUAUAAUAGUUUUUCCUUUAUGCUA